CCCGAUAGCCGGGUGGCGCGAGGAUCCCCACAGCGGGCAGGACCCGCCGAGAGAAGACCGCCGAGCCCAGGGAGAGCCGGAGACAGCGAACCGCCCGCCCCCGGCCGCAGCCCCGCCAGGGCCCUCCCCCGGAGGCGCGCACUCGCGCGCGCACACACUUGCACACCUUUCCUCGGCUCCUGCCCAACCUUGCCUGCCCCCCGCUGAAGCACCCCUGGGGUCCCGAUGCCAUGGGUAACAACUUCUCCAGUGUCUCCUCUCUGCAGCGAGGAAACCCGAAUCGCGCGUCUCGGGGCCACCCCCAGAACCUCAAAGACUCCAUCGGGGGCUCCUUCCCGGGCACUUCUCACCGAUGCCAUCACAAACAGAAGCACUGCCCGCCCGUGCUGUCAGCUGGGGGGCUCCAGGCCACGCCGCUGCUCUUCCACCCUCACACUAAGGGCUCCCAGAUCCUCAUGGACCUCAGCCACAAGGCCGUCAAGAGGCAGGCCAGCUUCUGCAACGCCAUCACCUUCAGUAACCGCCCGGUGCUCAUCUACGAGCAAGUCCGGCUGAAGAUCACCAAGAAGCAGAGCUGCUGGAGCGGGGCCCUGCGACUCGGCUUCACCAGCAAGGACCCUUCCCGCAUCCACCCCGACUCGCUGCCCAAGUACGCCUGCCCUGACCUGGUGUCUCAGAGUGGCUUCUGGGCCAAAGCUCUGCCCGAGGAGUUUGCCAACGAGGGCAACAUCAUUGCCUUCUGGGUGGACAAGAAGGGCCGCGUCUUCUACCGCAUCAAUGACUCGGCCGCUAUGCUUUUCUUCAAUGGGGUCCGGACAGCUGACCCGCUCUGGGCCCUGGUGGAUGUCUACGGUCUCACGCGGGGUGUCCAGCUGCUAGACAGCGAGCUGGUGCUGCCCGACUGCCUGCGGCCGCGCUCCUUCACCGCGCUGCGGCGGCCGUCCCUGCGGUGCGAGGCGGACGAGACGCGCCUGUCCGUGAGCCUGUGCGACCUCAACGUGCCGGGGACCGACGGCGACGAUGGCGCGCCGCCCGCCGGCUGCCCGAUCCCGCAGAACUCGCUCAACUCGCAGCACAGCCGCGCGCUGCCGGCGCAGCUCGACGGCGACCUGCGCUUCCACGCGCUGCGCGCCGGCGCGCACGUCCGCAUCCUGGACGAGCAGACGGUGGCGCGCCUGGAGCACGGGCGCGACGAGCGCGCGCUCGUCUUCACCAGUCGGCCGGUGCGCGUGGCCGAGACCAUCUUCAUCAAGGUCACGCGCUCGGGUGGUGCGCGACCGGGCGCGCUGUCCUUCGGGGUCACCACGUGCGACCCUGGCACGCUGCGGCCGGCCGACCUGCCCUUCAGCCCCGAGGCCCUAGUGGACCGCAAGGAGUUCUGGGCGGUGUGCCGCGUGCCUGGGCCUCUGCACAGCGGCGACAUCCUGGGCCUGGUGGUCAAUGCCGACGGAGAGCUGCACCUGAGUCACAACGGCGCUGCGGCCGGCAUGCAGCUCUGCGUGGACGCCUCGCAGCCCCUCUGGAUGCUCUUCAGCCUGCAUGGCGCCAUCACGCAGGUCCGCAUCCUCGGCUCCACCAUCAUGGCUGAACGGGGUGGCCCAUCUCUCCCCUGCUCACCUGCCUCCACGCCAACCUCACCCAGUGCCCUGGGCAGCCGCCUCUCCGACCCCCUGCUCAGCACCUGCAGUUCUGGGCCUCUGGGUGGCUCUGCCGGCGGGACAGCCCCCAACUCACCUGUGAGCCUGCCGGAGUCACCGGUGACCCCGGGUGUGGGCCAGUGGAGCGAUGAGUGCACCAUCUGCUAUGAACACGCAGUGGACACAGUCAUCUACACGUGUGGCCACAUGUGCCUCUGCUACUCCUGUGGCCUGCGCCUCAAGAAGGCCCUGCACGCCUGCUGCCCCAUCUGCCGACGCCCCAUCAAGGACAUCAUCAAGACCUACCGCAGCUCCUAGCCCGCCGCAGAGCCCCAUCUGCAGACGUCAGCCCAGCGACAGCUAAGGGGGAAGCCAACAGGGCCCCUGCUCUUCCACGUUUUGAAAACUCUUCCUCCUUUUCCAUUAAACACGGGAAUCCAAGGUCCCUGAAGGUUUGGGCUGAGAGGCUCUGAGGCAGGGAGGUGGGGGGCACAAUAGAACAUAAUAAAUGGAGGGGAGGGGAGGGGAGGAGGCACCCCACAGUCUCCCUCUUUACCCAGAUCUCUGCAUGGUGAGGGGCUGAGGCAGAGUCUCAGCUUGUUGCCAGACCUCACGUUCUAGGCAGGUUUCUACGUUGUGCAGCCCGUGGGGUGCCUCGGAGAGCUCGAACUACGUGUAGCUUCUCCUGGGCAGCUCGGGAGGAGGCCAGCGGACUCCUCCCGCCCUGGGCAGCUGCAAACUGCAUGCCCUGUCUCCUUCUCCUUACCCAGAGUGGGUAAACAGACAGGCUGCAGAUUCUGGGCCCUAGGUCCCUCGUGCCGACCUGCCAUGUUCAGGAUCUCUCCUUGCCAUAACCCACACCAAUCAUCUCGCUGGUGCCGUUGGGGGCCCCUCAGUAUAGGCUGAGGUGGCCCUUUCUGUCGUCAGGGUCUCAGAGAACAGGUCCACAGCCACCCCAAGGCCUGUCCUCCCUCAUCUCAGUGCCAGCCUUGGCCUGGGCUGAUCUUGCCAUCGUGUGUCCAGGAGGGACGGGGGCCCUCAGUGGGGUGGGGGGUUUCCUGGGCUAUGGACAGCCCUUUUCCUUAUUUUAAUUAAUUUAUUUAUUGGGUUUGUGAGUUUUGUUUGUGGGUUAAUUCCAACCUGGGGGCUUCUAAAAUGCUACUGUUGGGGGAUUGCCAGGUGAAGGGCAGCAGAGAACAGCCACUCAGAAUCUCUCCCAGGCCCUGACACAAGGCACGUGGGCAGUCCUGCUAACCCCAAGAUGAGACUCCAGGCUGGAGGCCUCCCAAGAGGUGGAUGAGCCUCUCGUGGAUGGGGAACCGCUGAUAUCCACCUGUGCCCUUCCUCCCUGUGUGGGAGCCCAGUUAGUGUGGCUGGUUCAAGGGCAUCUGUCCCCAGGAGUCCCCCUCCAUAAAGACAUCAAACGUGCUGGAAGGUUAGGGAAGGCAAUCGACAAUACGUGGGCCAGGGACCAGAAUGGAGACCCUUGUUAGGAGGGUGGAUUGUGAAGGCCAGGCUCCUGGUCCUGCUAAGGGAGCGUCCAUCACUCUUGGCCUAUUGCCGCUGCAGCUCUCUGCCUCUUCUGGGUUACUGUGGAGUCCUAGCCCAGCCUUUCAGCCUUUGGCCCUCAGAUGGCUAGUUUUAUACCCUCAAAGAUGGCGUCUGCCUUGACAGGCAGGGCCUGAGGCUCUGUCCUGGCCACUGGCCAGUCCUGCAGUCCUAGCCAGAGGCCAUCCUCCAAACCUCAGCUUCCCCCGUGUCAAGUGGAUUGGGGGUGGAAUACUCUCCACGUGGUUCCUGGGAGUUCUUCUAGGGUGUCUCUUAGGGGAAAUGUAUUCGGGAGGCAUUGAGAAUGGUAUGCCAAGGUGGGCGUUUGCCUGCGCUGCCCUUGCGGGGACCUGGGGAAUCUGUGCCACCCUGGGUCUCACCUCUUCAGUCACUGGACCUGGUAGGCCCUUUCUGUGAGAGCAGGCUGGAGCUGGUCAGUUGCCCCAUCUAGCUGGGGGCUCAUCCCAGAGAUGGAGAAAGUCUGAGUGCAGAGUUGGCUGGCUGGCUGGAGGUGGGAAAAGAAGCCAUCGUCCAUUCUGCUAGUCCAGAGAUAGUACUGCCUCCUUUGUGAACUGGGUCACUGUGUUUGUGAAUAAAGGUGAUUUUGUACCAGC